AUCAGUCCACGCACAGACCAGAAAAAUAAAAUAACAGCUCAAAAUAAGCUGUCCAUUUUACCCACGCUUGAUUGUGACGCAGUUUUGUGUUUUCUAUUUCGGAUUAGAUUGAUUCUUGACUCCGGACACUCAACGUAUUCCGCUCGACACUUCGAGCUUGCAAGUUUUAAAUUCAACGAGGUUUAGCGCAACAAGAUGACUUUGGGAACCUACAACAGACAUCAGGCCGACCGUAAAAAACGGGCAGCUUUGGCACGGGAGGCUUUGGCAUCUGCUUUUCCGCAGGGCGUACGCUGUCAGAAGUGUCUAGAAUAUGGACACUGGAGCUACGAGUGCAAAGGAAAACGGAAGAUUCUCGUGCGCCCUUCGCGAUCGCAGAUUUUAAAGAAAAAUUUGAAGUCUCAGCAAGAGAGUGAUUGCAGCAGUGGAAAAUGCCCAGCGCCAAACAAGAAGAAGCGCCAAAAUGACUCUGAUUGCUCAGACUGCUCUGCUUCUGGCAGCAGUUCAUCUGGCAGCUCAUCAGGCUCUUCAUCUGAUAGCUCCGACUCCUCAGGCAGUGACAGCAAUGACUCUGACAGCGAUUCUGAUGGAAGCACAAGUGGCAGUGGCAGCGAUUCUGGAUCUUGCAGCGACUGUUAAUUCUUAUUCGUGUAUGUAAUUUGAUAUAUGAAUGUGGAGCCUUUAAAAUUUCAUAUAACAUUUUAUUGUAAUAAAAUAGGAAUAGUAUUUCUCACUAACAUUCUUAUGAAAGAUUUUUUUUCUCAUUCUAUCCUUUCUUUGCUAUUUAUAUUUAUUUUGAUUAAAUUGUAAUUAUCUUUUUUAUUGAUUUGUUUUGAAGGUUCCUUGGAUUUGCCAGUAUGGUAUAAUGUUUAAUGCUGGUCAUUUAAAUGUUGGAUAAAUAUUUUUUUAUAUGCCGUGUUAAUCUUUAUUGAACAAGCUGGCAAUGCGAUUGUAAUUUUAAAAUAUUUUGACUUUGCUCGUUACCUGAAUGCUGAUAAACAAUUUAAUUGUAUAAUUCUAUAACUUUAGUUGACUCUAGUUCUUUAAUGUUUUAGACUUGUAAGAAAAAAUUGUAAGUUAAUAAUAUUUAUUGUUUAUUAGUGUGAUGGUAAAUAAUUUCGUAUUGUAGGAAGAAAGAUUUUAUAUUUUCGUGAUUUUAAAUAUUUUAGCAUGUUUCAAAAAUGUAACUCCUAGACUAAAAGAAUAGUGUUUAAAGCUGUAAAAAUAUGCUUGUAAGUGUAGUUUUUAAAAUAAUUGUAUUGUAGAUGGUGUACUUCUAUUUUACUAUGUGUUUAACAUUUGAGACAGUGUGAAAAUGUGUUUAGUUAUUAUUUAUUUUAAAAAUGAAAUUGACGAAUUAAAAAAAAAAUGCUAUUGUGAAAAAAUUAAGUUUAGAAUAAAUGAAGUAUUUGGAAUUUCAAA